GCAAUACUGUAUGACAAAGGAGGACACCUACUAUAAGAAACCCAACUGCCUUUGUAUUUACACUCACCUCGUUUUCGCCGUCUCUUUUCUCUUUCUCUUUCUCUUUCUCUUUCUCUUUCUCCGUACUUGAAGCAUUUCCCAAAUGGCAGCCGCCGCAGGUUUAUCAAUCUCCAUGCACUCUCCUUCUAGCUUGGCUGCAACCAAAAUCUCUAGUCUGAAGUCAUUUGCACUUCCAGUUCAGAGAACUUUCCUGUCAUUCAGGGUUCGACCAGUUCCAGCUCGCCUUAGCAUUUCUUGCGCUGCCAAGCCGGAAACAGUAGAAAAGGUCUGUGGCAUAGUGAAGAAACAGCUGGCAUUACCAGCAGAAACUGCUGUUACCGGCGAGUCAAAAUUCGCAGAACUUGGAGCAGAUUCACUUGAUACAGUUGAGAUUGUGAUGGGACUCGAGGAGGAAUUUGGGAUCAACGUGGAAGAGGAGAGCGCCCAGAGCAUUGCAACAGUUCAGGAUGCUGCUGAUCUUAUUGAGGAACUUGUUGAGAAGAAGGCUUAGAAGAAACGACCAUCAAACUUAGAAAUCCUUCUCUCUUGCAACUAUGUUUUUUUGUUAGCCUGCUACAGGAGUGCUAGGCAGUCUUGUUGUGAACGUGUCUUUGUUGGUUUUGUUAUGAAAUUUUUCUUAAUUUCCUGAA